ACCAUCUAAUGAUCUAAAGAUUGAGUCUUGAAUAGAUCCCACAACUGGAAAAGCUUCUUCUAAACCCCAAAAGCUAACUGCAAGUCUGCAACUUUCCAAUUUCUGCCUCAAUCGGACCAAGAUGUUGGCCUCGGCAGCCCAACCGCCGUUAACGGUGAAGCAGCCUCAUCUCCUCCAAUCCUCACUCUCCAUCUCAAACACCCUUAUCCACAUGGAAGUCAUUGCAGCUAAACCCACCAGACCCAGAAACAGAAGGCCGAGACUCUUCUUCCCUUCAACCCGUUUCCAAUGCCUCAACCUCAAAUCACGAUCUUCCCGCCAAUUCCUCACAAGGGUCAGUGAUAGCGACGGCGGCGGUGCGGCAGAUGCCACCCCACAACAGUUUAAACCAUCCACUGACACUAAAGAGAUAAAGAGUACUUCUCUGGGUGAUGGGUAUGUCGGUUUGUUUAUUCGGAUGCUCGGGCUGGAUAAUGAUUCCCUUGAUAGAGAGCAGGCAAUAGUGGCACUCUGGAAAUACUCACUUGGAGGAAAGAAGUAUGUCGAAGCCAUUAUGCAGUUUCCUGGCUGCAUAAACCUCAUUGUAAACUUGCUGAGGUCAGAGUCUAGUUCUGCGUGUGAAGCUGCUGCCGGCCUUUUAAGGUCGAUAUCCCUUGUUAAUUUGUAUAGAGAUGUGGUAGCACAGAGUGGAGCAAUUGAAGAGAUAACCGGGUUGCUAAAUCGACCGUCUUUGGAACCUGAGGUGAAGGAACAAGCUAUAUGUACUUUGUGGAACUUGUCUGUGGAUGAGAAGUUCAGAGGGAAAAUUGCAAACGGUGAUGUCUUGCCGUUACUUGUUAAGUCCGUGGAUGAUGAGGACGUAAAGGUGAAGGAAGCAGCCGGAGGGGUGUUGGCAAAUUUAUCAUUAAGUCACUUUAGUCACAGCAUUAUGGUUGAAGCAGGUGUUAUACCAAAAUUGGCAAAGCUCUUAAGAACUGACGUUGAAGGAUCAAAAGUAAUUAGAAAGGAGGCAAGAAAUGCUUUGUUAGAACUAUGUAAGGAUGAGUACUAUAGAAUUCUUGUUGUGGAGGAAGGUCUGGUUCCCGUCCCCAUCAUUGGUUCAGCUGCUUAUAAGUCCUUCAGGCCGGGUUUGUAUUCAUGGCCUAGUUUACCAGAUGGUAUGGAGAUUGAACAGACUUAUAAAACUCCCUCCAGGUUUGGUGCUUCUGAAUUACUCCUUGGGUUACAUGUUGAUGAAAAAAACGCAAAUAUAGAGGAAGCCAAGAUGAAUGCGAUUGUUGGACGGACACAGCAACAGUUUCUUGCUCGUAUUGGGGCCAUUGAACUGGAAGAUGAUAAAAAACAGUCUGAAUUAACCACCGGUAAACAACUCACACUUUUGCCGUGGACAGAUGGUGUGGCUAGAUUGGUUUUGAUUCUUGGACUUGAAGACGAGUCUGCAAUAGCAAGGGCUGCGGAGGCAAUUGCUGAUGCAUCUAUCAAUGAACAUAUACGGAUAGCAUUCAGAGAAGCUGGGGCAGUUAACCUUUUAGUACAGCUUCUAGACAGUAAGAAUAAUGCCAUCGUACUGGCGGCAGUUCGAGCACUAGAGAGGUUGUCUGUCAGUAAUGUUGUUUGCCAGUUAAUUGAAGAUGAAGGUGUUAGGGAUCCUUUGGUUAAUCUUUUAAAGCAGCCACAGAUGUCUGACAUCUUGAUGGAAAAGGCGUUGGAUAUUCUUGCCCGGAUCUCAGAUCCUAAUAAAGAAAUGAAGUCAAAGUUUUAUGAUGGACGAAAUGGAUCAAAAAAGGGAUCGGAUGCAGCUAGGGGUCCUUAUGGUUCCGCGGAAAUAACUGGAGAUAUAGCUAAUAUGUCCAUGUCAAAAACUAAUACCAGCAAAAAUGUGCUUGACUCUGGGGUUAUUGCUCGCCUUGUUGAGACAUUAAAGACCCCAACCCCGAGUUUGCAAACAAAAGCUACUUCUAUCCUUGAUUUCUACGCAGUUAUUGACCCAAGCAUGGACACCAUCAUUUCAGCGGAUAUUGAAUCUGGUUUAGAUGUUGUUUUCCAGCAAAAGAUUCUUGAAGCAGACACGGAAUCAGAAGUAUAUAAUCAACAGCCAGAAAAAUACGCCCUUGAAGUUGAAGAAGCUGGUCAUGCUAUAUCAGCAGCAUCCCGGUUAUUUACAAAACUGCUCGACUCUAAGAAGUUCUGCCAAAAAAUAGAUUCCGCGCAUUUCACCAAAUUGCUCAGUGAUAUCCUGAAGUCUAAUAUCCCCCUUCACAACAAAGAUUGGGUUGCUGCUUGUUUGGUGAAACUUGGUUCUCUUUCUGGUCCCAGACUAGAUUUCGAGGACCCAAUCAACAUGGAAGUAACUCUCCACGAGACCAUUCCGAGACUCAUGGAGCAGUUAAAUACCUCAUUCUUUCUAGAAGAAAAGGAAGCUGCAGUUGUGGAACUCAACAGAAUAAUCUCUGAAGGGGUGGUUGAUUCCACUCGAGCCAUUGCUUCCCAAGGAGGUAUAUUUCCUUUGGUCGAACUGAUUGAACAAGGGAGUGAGAGGGCCGUUGAAGCAUGCUUGGCGAUACUUUAUAAUCUGAGCAUGGACAGUGAGAACCAUUCGGCAAUUAUAGCUGCUGGAGCAGUUCCCGUUUUGAAGAGAAUUGUCCUAUCACAAAGACCACAGUGGAAUCGGGCACUUCAUUUGCUGAGGACUCUACCUACAUAAGGAGACAGUGCCAAACCUUAUAGUUACGAGAUAAUUUGUCCAUUUUUACCAAACUUUAUACUAUGAAGUCUGCCCUUGAAUUGAAGGGCGAGCUUAAUUCCUGUCGAGAACUUAAAUGUGUACCGGGGCAGCAGAUGCCGUAGUAUAUGUUCUGAUUGUAAUCAAGCUCCUUGCCCUGCUACUAUACAAGCAGAAUGCAAAAAAAUUGGUGGUUAAAAGGAAUCGUUUCGGCGCAUCA